UUAAAACCUAACCUUAAAAAUCCUUGUACCAAAAAGUGAGGUUAUGUAACCGUGUUAUAACAGUUAUAAACUAGUGUUAUAAACAGCCAUCAAAAACGUUUUAAAAUCAACAAAAAUUACUAAUUUUAAAUGGAUAAAGAGUAUGCAUCGCGUUUAUUACCCCCAUCUAAAGAUACAGCAAGACCUGCGUGUAAAAAAUGUGGAUAUGCAGGACAUUUAACGUUCCAAUGCAGGAAUUUUAUAAAAGUUGAUCCGAACAAAGAGAUUCUUUUGGAUGUAAGCAGCACAAGUAGUGAAAGUGAUCAAGAUUAUCUAACACCCCUCACGGAGUUAAGAGAAAAAGAAUUAAAAGAUAAAUUAAAAAAGGCUAAGGCAAAAAAGAAAAAGUCCAAAAAAAAAUCGAAAAAGAAGAAACGUAAGAGGAGUGAAUCAGAAAGUGAAAGUGAUAGUGAAUCUGAUGAUGAUAAAAAUUCAAAGUCCAGGGAAAGUGAAAGUACAAGGAGUAAAGAUAAGAAAAAAAAGGCGAAGAAGAGAAAACGGAGGAGUUCAUCAUCUGAUUAAUUGUAUUUUUUUUUUAAGUAAAUAGAUAAUAAA